AUGCAUCUCUUUCAAUCCUCUCUAUUGGCCGCCACUAUGGGCGCUGCGUUAGUCGUUGCUGCUCCUGCCCCUGAUAUCAAGCCCGGCGGCUCUUGCACCUUCAACUCUGCCGCGGCGGUCGAGUCCGGCAAGGCCUCCUGCUCCACUAUCACCCUGAGCAACAUUGCCGUCCCCGCCGGUGAGACUCUAGACCUGACUGACCUGAAGGCCGGCGCCACUGUCAUCUUCGAUGGUACCACCUCCUUCGGCUACGAGGAAUGGGCUGGCCCCCUGAUCUCCAUGUCCGGAACCAGCAUCACCGUCAAGCAGAACCCUGGUGCUAAGAUUGACUGCGGUGGUUCCCGUUGGUGGGAUGGCAAGGGUAGCAAUGGCGGCAAGAAGAAGCCUAAGUUCUUCGCUGCCCACGAGCUGAACCAGUCCAACAUCAGCAGUCUGAAGAUCUACAACACCCCCGUCCAGGCUUUCAGCAUUCAGUCUGACAACCUCACCAUCACGGACGUGCUCAUCGAUAACUCCGCCGGUACCAGCCUGGGCCACAACACAGAUGCUUUUGACAUUGGCUCCAGCACCUACAUCACCAUUGAUGGCGCUACCGUCUACAACCAAGAUGACUGUCUCGCCGUCAACUCCGGUGAACACAUCACCUUCUCAAAUGGCUACUGCAAUGGUGGCCAUGGUCUCUCCAUCGGCUCCGUCGGCGGCCGCAGCGACAACACUGUCGAUGACGUCACCAUCUCCAACUCCCAAGUCAUCAACUCCCAGAAUGGUGCUCGUAUCAAGACCGUCUACGGCGCUACUGGCUCCGUCACCGGGGUCAAGUUUCAGGACAUCACUCUCAACGGUAUCACCGAGUACGGUAUCGUCGUUCAGCAGGACUACGAGAACGGCAGCCCCAAGGGCACUCCCACCAAUGGCGUCAAGGUUUCCGAUAUCACCUUCAACAGGGUGACCGGUACCGUGACCAGCUCCGCCACCGAUGUUUACAUCCUCUGUGGAUCCGGCAGCUGCACCAACUGGACCUGGUCUGGCAACAGCAUCUCCGGCGGCAAGAGGAGCACCAAGUGCCAGAACGUUCCUUCCGGCGCGUCUUGCUAG